CCGAAAAUAGGCAACAAUUUUGUUUGGGACAGCGCCAAAGUUGAAGAGUUUGAAGAGAAAGAAAGAAACUAAAGAAAGAAAUGGAGGGACUCGCUAAUUCCUUUUCAGUGUUAGAACUUGAUGCCGACGAAAGUCGCGUUCUCACCACUGCCGGUAGUAGUGACAAGAGAGUUAAUGCCAAAACCGACACUUUACCAGUGAAAAACAAGAAACCUGAUCAAGAAAUUCCAGUGACUCCUCCAUGUGAAUACAAGCUACCUCUUGUGUGGAUUGACUUGGAAAUGACAGGUUUAAAUAUUGAAGUGGACAGAAUACUUGAGAUUGCAUGUAUAAUUACAGAUGGAAAUUUAACCAAAACGGUGGAGGGUCCUGAUCUGGUCAUCCACCAAACUAAGGAGUGCCUUGACAAGAUGGGAGAAUGGUGUCAAAGUCAUCACGGUGAAAGUGGGUUAACAAAAAAGGUGCUACAAAGUACAAUUACUGAAAGAGAAGCUGAAAAACAGGUUAUUGAAUUUGUUAAGAGACAUGUUAGUGCAUACACACCUCUCUUGGCCGGAAAUUCAAUAUAUGUUGAUUUUCAAUUUCUGAAGAAAUACAUGCCAGACCUGGCCAGUCUCUUCUCUCAUGUUCUUGUUGAUGUUAGUAGUGUUAAAGCCCUCUGCAUACGCUGGUAUCCCAGAGAUCAAAAGAAAGCACCUUCAAAAUCAAACCGACACAGAGCCAUGGAUGACAUUAGAGAAAGCAUUGAAGAACUUAGAUUCUACAAGGCAAAUAUUUUUAAGCCCAAGUCCAGAAAGUGAUAGGGAUGCAAAGAAAGCAGUGUUUGAAUGUUGUCGAUGGGAAGGUUUUCAGUACAAGUGUAAAUCUCAUUGUUAUGGUAGGUUUGCACGCUGAGCAAAUGUCUCAUGAUUUUGGAUAAUGUGUUCUUUUGGUGGUUAUUACAAAAUCACAUUUAAAUUUGUUGCAAAAGCCCUGAAAUGCUAGGUAAAUUGUGCUUCAAUUGGCAAUUAAACAAGAAAGAAAGAAGUAACUAUAGUUGU